AGACGAGUCAUUUUCGCUUAGGUAUUUCAGUGAGCGGAUGACUAACAUGGGAUGUCAUAGAUUUGACCUCUGUGAAGGCGGAUUAUUAGUGUUUAACUUGUGUGAGCUUUGGUUCUAUUUUCUUUAAAUAAACUUUCUAUACUUGAAAGAUACCAAAAUCAAUGUAUUUUUUUAAACACCGCUUGAUUUAACUAGGAAUGAUAGUAAACUUUUACCUAUGAAUAAUUUAGUUUCAGUUGCUCCUCCCUCAAAUGGUAGUAAAACUUUACAGAAUCAGAUUUUACGAAAUCAAUUAAAUAGAUUAAAUUAAUAAAAUAUAUAAGAAGGGUUUAGAAAUAAAUAUUGGGAAAUUAUAAGUACCAUUUAGUAUUUUAAAUUAAUGAAAUAUUUGUUUGUUAAAAUUUUUUAUUGUAAUGUUCUAAAUUUUGAUAUAAGUUUUAAUAAAAAUUAAUGACCAUCGUUCUAACCAAUAUUUAUAAUUUUAACUGAUGUAAUUUAUCAAUUUUCAUUAAAUGAAUUAAUGCAUUAAUGUUUUAUUGUUCUUCCAAUUUUAUUCUACAGGCAUUGGUUUGAUAAAGGUUUGGGUUUUGAUAGUAGGUUAAAUGAGUUGUUAAUCAGAAUGUAUUUCAUGUUUUUUCGAUUUGUGAAAUUUAUUAUUUAAGUCAUUCUUUUUUGCAUACUAAUAUCAAAUAUGCUGCCAAAAAAUGAAAAUUAGAAUAAACUUUAUUUGUUGUAAGGAAAACUAUCAUCCAGAAUCAUGUUUAAUAGUAUGAAAAGCCAGUUUCGCGAGAAAACUGGGAAGGAGUUACCAAAGUUUACCCCUCAAAAAGGAGGUUUGUCUAGGCAAUCUAGGCAAGGUUCAGAGAGUAGUUUAAGCAGUUUAGUUCUUGAACCAACAGCUCCCAUUCAGGGUCCAUCACAGGGACCUGCAACAUUGCCAGUACAAACUCAAGAUGUCCAAAUCAGGUUGUCUGAUGGAAAGGUUUUAUCCCCGAAGGAAGUCAGUAUACUUUCCAAAAAGGAAGAAGAAUGGAGACAUCGUAUUGAGAAAAAGGAAUCAGAAUGGGCUAAAAAAUUGGAAAAAAGGGAAGCAGAACUUUUGCAAGAGUGUUCUAAAAAAGAAGAAGAGUGGAAGAAGAAAGAGCAAUCUUUGUUAGAAGAUUUACUGAAACAUACGAAUGAGCUAAGAGAUGCACUCAGAACUGCGGAAGAUUACAAGAAAAAAAUUUGUCAGUAUCAAGAGGACAAGGACCAGUUAGAAGGAUUUCAAACCCAGGAAAUGGCUAAAAUAAAACAUUUGCUGCUAGCCAAAGAAAAAGAAAGUGCCGAGACUGCCACAGCUUUAAAAGAAAGUCUUACUUUGGUUGAAAGUCUGAAGGCUGAAGUCAGUAGGCUACGACCACUGGAAGAAAAAAUAAGUAAUUAUGAGGAUGAUAUUGAAAUGCUGAGGCAUACUAGCGAGAAGGAACGUUGGAAUCUUAGUAGUAAACUGGCCCAGAGCGAAGAGCAGGUAAGGCAUCUGACUGACAGAGUUGCUGUUUUGACAAGGCGUAGCGAGUCAGGUGCUGGUACUCAGGUGGAUGAUAGAGUUCAAGCAUUGCUAGGAGAAAGAGCACUUCUAGAACGGAGGCUGGAAGAAGCUCACGUUCAUCUGACUGAUAUUAAAGCCUCAUGGAGUGCUCAGAUAUCUUCUCUUGAAACACAGGUUGGCAGGUUGAGCAGGCAGGCUGGCGAGGAAGGUGCUGAGAGGAGGAGAGCAGAAAGCAGAGUCGCAGAACUUGAGGCUAAGCUUGAAGAAGAGGCUAAAAUGAGGGAUAAAAUUUCUACAAAAUCUGCAAAACUGUCGGAAGAAGUUGAUUCGCUUGCCUCUGAACUGAAAGGAGCCAAUGCACUUAUUGAUAAAGACAAAACUACUAUAUCAGAUCUCACCAGGAAACUUAGAGACGCUGAAGAAAGUCUCUUGAAUUUAACGAAUGCUAAUACAAGACUCGAAGAAGUGUUAGAAAUAGAGAAAACUCAGCAUUCUCAGGUUCAAAAUGAAUUAGUUACAAUUAAGCAGAAAUAUGAGCAAGAACUUCACGAUAAUGUGCGAUUAUUAGAUGCAGCCAAAGAGGAAUUGAAAAAUCACAAAACGAAAUGUGAUAAAUUAUCAAAAGAGAUUGCAGAUUUACAAGAAAAUGAUAAAAAAUCAGCUGAAGAAGUCUUACAUUUGCAGUCAAAGUUGGAAGCUUUGUCUCAGGAAUCAACUGAAAUUCAUAAAAGGUUUGAGGAGAUGAAAAGAGAAGCCGAAAAGGAAAAAGCCUUAAAAGAAGACGCCCUUUUAAGAAAUGCUCAGGUUUCUCAAGAGAUGGAUAUAGCUAAGGCCGAACUGAGGCAUCAGGCUUCCGAACAUGAAGAAUUAUUUAAGAAAGUUUCCUCUCUUGAAUCUGCUGUUUUGGAAAAAGAACAAGAAUUGAAGAAAGCCAAAGAAGACUAUGCCCAAUUAUUAAGUGAUAUGUCAGCUUUGCAAACUGAAGCCGAGACCAAACAGGCAGCCGUUGAGGUUGAGGAAAGUUUAAGAGAAAAAAUUGCCAAUCUUGAACAGCAAGUUGCAGAAAGGAACAAGAACAUCAGAGUGCUUCAUCAAAAGCUGAGUGAUAUGAAGAAAACAUUGCAAAGAGAACUCAAAUCAUCAGAUUUGGGGGGUGGUGACCAGCCGAUGAUAAUGAAUAAUCACAAUUCGGGUUACUUUAGCGGUAAUCAGUAUAACAGCAACCAUCCGACACCUUUCAGCGGGCCAGGACCUAACGGAGACGACGAAGCGCAGCACCUGACUCGAGCGGUUGCUACCUUGCUGAAGCUGAGCCCAGAGGAGGAAUGCUUAUUAAAAGACACUUUAGAUUGGAAAAUGUCUUGGUUUGGUUCUAAACCUAGAUUGCAGGACUAUUCGCAUAGCUGAUAUUCUGCCUACCUUUAGUGGGUAAUGAUGUAAUUUAGUGCAGGCUUUAAAUUGUCGGACUUCUUAAAAAAGUUUACACUUGAUCUAAUAUUGCCAGAGGUUCCAUUUUAUUAGCUGGAAAAAUAAUAAACUGAAACCAGUGAACUGAUAUUCCUUGGACCUCAACUUGCCAAAGGGGGUGAGUGUGCAAAAAUUAAUUUUUUAAGUGUUAACAACAAUGUAAUGAAUUAGCUUAGCUUUUGAAGUAUUCAAAAAUUGUUGGCCUAGAUUUGAAUACUACAUAAAUGUUAUUUUAUUUUAUCCAUUAAAAUGAUUAUAAAUGAUGGAUUUAUUAUUAAUAAAUAAUGAUAUUUUAUCGGUUUAAAGACAUUUUAAAUUAUAUAUCUUCUAUUACCAUCUUAAAAAAUGAAAAUUAAAAAAAAAAAGGUAAUAGUUUGGUAGCAAUAAUAAAAUAUUUUAAAAGUAUAUAAAUGUAAUUAUUUAUGAAGGAAAACAAUAAUGUAAGUUUCAUUAUAUCUUGUUCCUAAAAAAUAUGUUUAUUUUUCCCAUUCUUCAAAAUAACCUGCCAAUAUGUUCCCACGACCUCCUCCUCAUAGAAAAACAAAAUUAUCAACAUAAUAUAUUUUAAUAUUAGAAUAUUAUUGUCAUAUAUCUGAUAUAUACUAACUUACCUAAAAAUAUUUUAUAUGGUUGUACUGCUAAUUAUGAAUUUAUUACUUUUUAUAAUAUAUAAUAGUAUUGUUUAACAGAGAAUAUGAUGGUAUUAAAUUUUUAGUGUGUUGGUAUGCCUGUGCGAUAAGUAUAAUCAUAUUUGUAUAUGUGAUUUUAAUAAUAAAGUUUGUUAAUAUUGAUUGAUUUGAUAUAAAUUAUCUAGGAAAUAUGUUAACUUUUUAUUAACUUAUUAUGAAAUUAAUUACUACUUGUUACGUUAUGCUUUAAGAAGUUUUCUUUUUGUUUUUAUAUAUGUGUACUAUAUUGAUAAUUAUAUGUGUAUAUAUAUUCUAUUAUUUAAUAACAACUAUCUUUAGGUGUUUUUCCCAUCUAUUUACUUAUAGCGUUUGUUGAAAACAAAUAAGUGCUCAUUACAUGUGAAAAGCUUUGGGGAGUUGUAACAAAGUCGUUGUAUAUGUUAAUUAUUUGUAUUGUAAUUUAUCUGAAAUAGUGCCUCUAAAUUAAAGUUGUAAGAUUUGGCUGUAUCUGACUAGUCAUGGUAAAUAUUUGUUAUUUACUUUUUAUUUUCUGCUUAAUUUAUUGAUUAUUUUUAUUUAUUUCAAGUAUUAUGUGUUAUUAUGGUGAAUUAUUUUGUCAUUUUUAACAUCACUUCAUUGCUUUUUUAAUUAAAAAUGGUUAUUUAUUCUUUGUUUUUAUUUUGUUAAGUUUAUCGAUUUUCUCAAAACAAAUCAUUUUGAAAAUGUAAUAAAUGGCUAUAAAUAUACAAAUUACUACAAUUUUAAUGAAAGUUUGCAUGUUUUUGAGGAAUUGCAUCAUUGAUAUUUAAGAAAAUAAUUUUCCUUUUAUUUGCCUUGUUUGCAUUUGCUUCAUGCUUGUUAGCAGUAUUCUGUCUUGUAUUAACAUGUGUGGUAUGUAUAUACUGAAAAUGACUCAAAUAUUUGUUAAUCAAUAUUAUUGCAUAAUGAAAAUUUGUAUUUAUCAGGAUGGAAAUGUAUUCACAAAGACUGCUUCAGGCAACUAAAGAUGUAUAAAGCCAACAGGAAAAAAAAAGUUAUAAUACAUAAAAAUGAAAAAAGAAAAUUCUAGUGGGUAUUAGGAUACCUCCUUACAUUGUCUCACUGAAAGGACUAAGCUGUACAUAUAUGUCUUUCUAAAUUUGGCAAAACCAUCUUACUGAUAGUUUUUUUAAUCUGCUCUUUUAAUUGCCAAAAUCAGCUAUCACAUAUUUGAAUUCAAAAAACAUAUUAAAAUUGAGAAAUCUUGCAUUCCUGACUAAAUUUCGACAAUACUAUUUCACUGAAAUUUGAGAUUGGUAUAUACCCUGUUAUUGCCUACCAUAUUUCACAGACGUUAUAUUGUUAAUAAACAUAUAAUCCUGACCAUAGUUUUUCCAAGAACGCUGUUAGAUCAAAAUUUAUGCCUCUAUGAAUACUUUUACUGUCAUUCAUGGGACUGAUAACAAAAUAUAGUAAAAAUUUGCUGGAGACUAUAUUAUCAAUAAAUAUAUGUAUUCUUUGUAUAGUGUAUUUGGUUCAUAACAUAAGAAUUACAUGGUAAAAGUUGAGGAUUAGCCUUUUUAUGUUAGCUGUCUCUGUUAAAAGAAAUAAAAACAUAGGCCUAUAAGUUUUUAGAAAAAGUUUUCCUUUGUCUCAAUGUAAAUCUGAAUUUCUACAUAAAGAAAAGCCAAAUUUGCACAUAAACAGUAAAUAAACACUUUAGAAUAAAGGUGUAAAAAUAAG